AUGCCUGAGCAUGCUGCGGUGCUGGGAAUUAAAAAGGUCAGGACGUCCAAUGUGAGUCUGCUAACCAAGGCGUGCAACAAGGCGCAGAAGGCAAUCGUUGACAACAGAUCCCGAGCCACUCUCAGAGAUUCUCACGAAUCCGUCUCAGCCUUGUUACUGAACCUGAUAGAAACAAAUGACUAUUUUAAGUCGGCGUUGACCGAACCAGACGACAUUGACCUAGCUGAUUCAUGGAUGUGCGGCAGGUCGGAGCAGGCUGAUCAAAUAUUGCAGAAAUUAGUAGCCCAGAUCGCGUUGCCGCAAUCAAAGACAAUCACCGAGAGCUCGUUUUCAGAGGAGCAAGCUGAUGGGGAUGUUGACGAUAUACAGGAUGAUUGCAAGAAGAAACUCCAUUUUGGUAACGAUGGCCUGUCGAAGCUCCGUGCGGAGGUCCACCAGUCGAAAUCCAAGCAUGAGCAUGUCCAAGCCUGGUUGUCGUCUCCCUCCAAGGGUCCCCAUACUCGUGUGAAAAAGCCAGACGCCCAACAACUCCAACCAAAGAUCGAGGUCCUGACAACAGAUGAUGACAGGAAGGUUGCCAAGACGUCAGUUGCUGCAGCGCCAGCCUUACAACAUCAAGCCGCUGCUAUUCCAGUAGUCACAACUCGUAGCCCGUUCCGUUUGAAUCCAGACGCUCUGCCAGUGGAUUUUAGGCCCAAGCUAUGGAAACCGCCAGCCACUAUCGACGCCUGGAUAGAUGAGUUGAUUCCGGGGCAGGAAACGAUGUUGCACCAGGGCACUUCCUCCAAAUUGAGACCCGAGGAGCAGAUGUUGGAGACGCUGGUCAAGCUCGAGAGCGAUAGGGGUUUACCAUCAACACAAAUCCCAGUCUUUGAUGGAUCCCCACUCAUAUGGCCAAAAUUUGUCGAACAAUUUUACACGCAGGUCCAUGUAAAACCAGGACUCAACGACGCUCGCCGUAUGGACCUUCUGCAAUCACACGUAGCUGGAGAUGCAAAAGCGAUGAUAAAGGGAAUUGGCUAUAGUGGGCGCUGUUAUGCCGAUGCGCUGAAGGAAUUGAAGAGAACAUUUGGUCAUCGAAAUUAUGUUGCGCGCGCCUACUUGAACCAGAUCACGAAGGGUCCAACUUUACAGUCGUACAACUCUACAGCUUUGCGAAGUUUCUACGUAAAUAUACGUGAUUGCGUCAUCACACUAACACAACUUGGCUACGUGACCGACAUGCAGGGAACAGAUCUGCUGAUACGCGUUGCUAGGCGGCUUCCUGUUGAUCGUACCCGAGGCUGGAACAAGCAUGUCUCACGUAUAUCGCAGUCUAGAGAACCAUCACUACGGGACUUGAGGGAUUGGUUAGCCGAAUGCGUGGAGGCUGAGUAUAACCCGUAUGCUGUGAAGAGCGCACCGAAGGGAAAGUCAACCAAGGAUGUGGACGCAGUCUCUUUCAACACUAAGAUCACGUCGACUGGGACCAAAGCUAAGCCGAAGAAGGAAACGCCAUUUUUCAAGAAAGAAGCGCCGUCCUUAAAGAAAGACCAGAAAGAAACUACGUCGAAGCAGUUACCAGCAUGUUCGCUUUGCAAAGAGUCUCAUGCGUUAUAUCGAUGCUUUCGUUUUCUCAACAAGAAUUCAGAAGAGAGAAACAAAUUCACCGCAGAAGCCAAGCUGUGUCAGAACUGUUUGCGACCGAACCAUGGAGCCGAAAAAUGUCCGUCAAACUUCACUUGCCGGGAGCCGGGAUGUGGUCAGGCCCACCAUACUCUACUUCAUGAAAAGGUUACAGCACGGAAUGGAUCAAUGAAUGCUGGAUGCGGGAGUAGACCUUGUACAUUCUUCCAGCUGGCGAGGGUCUAUGCCUUGGGAAACAACGGUCGAUGGAUACCAACCGUAGCGUUCUUGGAUUCAGCCAGUGAGAUCACCAUCAUCGACAAGUCAUUGGCCAAGGACCUUGGUUUGAAGGGGAAGUCCAAGCAGCUUACUGUAAAGACACUCAAUGCGGAAACGACAGAGAUGAGUCAAACCGUCAGGAUGCAGCUGAAACCAGUCAACGAUCCUGAUGGGAAUAGCAUCCGAGUAGAAGAAGCAUGGGUUGUUGGAGACAGUCACUUCCAGUGUCCAUCACAACGAGUAUCUGCAGAUUGGGAACACCUCAACGGUCUUGGUUUGUCAGACAUCGACUCAAGCGAAGUAAAGCUACUCAUCGGUAUCAACGUUGCUAGAGCACAUCUUCAGUUUGACACUCGGAUAGGAGAGGAUACACAGCCUAUCGCGGUCAAGACCCCACUUGGUUGGACUCUGCUUGGAACCUCCGAUCAAGCCACGUCAUCAUCUGCCAAUGUCAAUAUCAUCAACGCCAAGGACGCUGAACUAAAGGAAGAGAUUGAACGUUUCUGGCGGUCAGAAUCAUUUGGAGUCCGACAUGCUGAGGAGUCUUCACUCUCAAUUGAAGACAGAAAGGCGAUACAGAUACUGGAGGAAACAACUCGAUUGGUAAAUGGUCACUACGAGAUUGGCAUGCUCUGGCGCGACUCGGAAUCUCCGCUGCCUGACAAUAAGUCUAUCGCGAGUAAAAGACACUAUCUUUUGGAGAAAAAACUGAAUCGAGAUGAAGAUGUCAAGUGUCUCUACACAGAAACACUCGAGGGCUAUGUCAGUAAAGGUUUUGCGAGGAAGCUGUCAGAGGAGGAGGCCGUACAUCGCUCACCAAAGACAUGGUACAUCCCCCACCACGGGGUGACAAACGUCAAUAAGCCUGGGAAAAUCCGUGUGGUUUUCGACGCUGCUGCCACCUGCCAGGGAAUAUCGCUCAAUGACACUCUGAUGACUGGUCCAGACCUACUUAAUAGUUUAUUUGGCGUAUUGCAACGAUUCAGAGUCUACAAAGUAGCCAUAUCAGCAGAUAUAGAGGCAAUGUUCCAUCAAGUACGAGUACCGAGUCAUGAUGCAGACGCUCUUCGAUUUCUAUGGAAAGGAGACACAUUUUCCAGGGGAGUUCACAUUUUUGGGGCGAAGGACAGUCCGACAUGCGCCAAUUAUGCACUGAAGCGAUGUGCCAUGGACAAUAUCCACAAAUAUAGUCAAGAAGCUGCAGAAACCGUUCUCAAAUCCUUCUAUGUUGAUGACCUGGCAAAAUCGAUACAUGGAGUCCAAGCUGCGAUUGGUCUAGCACAGGAGGUCACCAACAUAUGUGCUGAGGGAGGCUUCAGAAUCUGCAAAUGGUUGUCCAAUAGCCUAGAGUUUCUCGAAAGCAUUGAGGAAUCUGAACGUACCAUCAAGGAGCUCAGUUUCACAGAGGUGAAUACCCACCGACCGCUCGGACUCAAGUGGAAGAUCGACGAUGAUUACUUCUUCUUUGAUAUUCAGCCAAGGAACGUCGUAAUGACAAAGAGAGGAGUCAUCAGCGUCUUCAGCCAAAUAUUUGAUCCCUGCGGUUUCCUUGCACCAUUUGUCUUCCUGGCCAAGCUAUUUGUCCAAGAAUUAUGGAGAGCAGGACUGGACUGGGAUACCCCGCUGAAUCUACAAUUUGAAGAGAAAUGGAGGACAUGGCUAGAUGAACUCACUGGUCUGUCUAAGUUUAGACUACAGAGAUGGCAUCCGUACCUAACACCUGAGGCAUCAGAUAUCCAACUUCAUAUCUUCUCCGACGCGUCAGAAUUAGGAUUUGCAGCUGUAGCAUUUGUACGCUAUGAGCCCGACGACAGCCAGAUUGAGUGCUCUCUACUUGCGGCAAAAACCAGUUUGGCACCUAUCAAGCCAUCAUUCUCAAUACCGAGAUUAGAGCUACAAGGUGCUGUCAUGGCCAGUCGACUUGGGAACACACUCUCCAGAGAAUUACACUUGAAUCUCUCCGCAGUAUGGUAUUGGACCGACUCCACAACUGUCAUCCGCUAUAUCAGUAACGAGACAAAGCGAUUCAAGUCGUUCGUAGCCAACAGAGUCUGCGAGAUACUGGAGACAACGAAAUCAACUCAAUGGCGGUACAUACCCAGCAAGCUCAAUCCAGCUGAUUGCUGUUCCAGAGGUGUCAAGGCUGAUGCUCUUUGUCGAGAUGCACAAUGGUCAGAUGGACCGUUCUUCCUGCAACUUGAAGAGAAAAAUUGGCCACAACUCAAAGGAGAAGCAGACGAAUCACAGGACGACGAUGAGAUCAGGAAAACAGAAUCUACAACAGUAAAGUCUACCAUCUUCAACAUCGGGCAGAAAGGAGAGACGCCAAUGAUCGUUGAUGUAACAGGCAUGAUCAAUACAACAGAUAGUAGAUGGGUGAGACUGGUUAGACGUACUGCCUGGUUGAAGCGUGCGGUAAAAAACUUUGCAAGCCCGAUUCUUCGACCUAGGGUGGAGUCAUGCCGCUCUGAGAGUAUCACUGCCGCGGAAUAUUGGGAUGCAGAACUUGAUUGGAUACGCGCAGCUCAGCAAGAAUGUUUUCGUGAAGAGAUGGACGAAUUGCGAGAGUAUGGAAGGCUAAAAAGGAAAAGCAAGAUUUCGCCGUUACUUCCAUUCCUUGAUGAAGCUACAAACUGUCUUCGAGUUGGCGGUCGUUUGGAAAAAGCCGACAUACCCGACGAGACGAAACACCCGUUGAUCCUGCCCUCUGAUCAUGUGGUCACGUCACUACUCUUCGACGACGUGCAUCGAAGAAACAUCCACUGCGGUCGGGAACACCUUGUUGCAGCUAUGAGAGAGAGGUACUGGCCGGUCCGAGGAAGAUCCAAUGCAAAAAUCACUAUCCACAACUGUCUGCUAUGCCGAAUACGUCGUGCCAAGCCGGUCGUCCCAAGAAUGGCAGAUCUUCCGGAGUUCCGUAUGUCAGCAUCUUCCGGAGUCUUCCAUCACACUGGUCUGGACUAUUUCGGACCUUUGUAUGCCAAAGUACGAAGAUCCACAGUCAAGCGAUGGGGGUGCUUAUUUACCUGCUUAAGCACCAGAGCUGUACAUCUAGAACUAGCCGAUACCCUGGAGACAGACGAUUUCUUGCUCUGUCUAAGAAGAUUUAUUGGUCGCCGAGGUCAACCGAGAAGCAUCCACAGCGAUAAUGGCACUAAUUUCCGAGGGGCUAGCAACGAACUCAAAGAAUGUCUACAUAGCCUGAGUCAGCCGAAAAUCCGAGAGUUCCUGUCUCCCCUGUGUGUGGAAUGGCACUUAAAUCCACCAGCUAGCCCGCACAUGGGUGGAGCAUGGGAAAGCUUGGUCAAGUCCGUGAAGAGAGCCAUGAACUCCGUCCUUCCGAAGCAGAACGCCACAGACUCCGUCCUACGUACAGUACUCGUGGAGGUUGAGUCAGUCAUCAAUAGCCGACCGCUUACACAUAAUAGCGAUGAUCAAGCAGACUAUACGGCGUUGACACCCAACCAUUUCCUGAUCGGCCGGGCCGUUGUCGUUUCACCUCCAGAUGUCGUCUCACCAUCAGAAAUCAACAGUCGGAGACGGUGGCGUCGUGUGCAGGUCAUUGCUGAUCACGUUUGCAAGAGAUGGCUUCGCGAGUAUCUACCAACGCUGACAGUACGAAGGAAAUGGUUAAAGGAGGAACAAAACCUGGCUGAAGGCGACUUGGUGAUUGUCCGUGAGAACAACCUACUCCGAGGAUCAUGGGAGAUGGCGAGAGUCGUCGAGACCUACCCUGGCAACGAUGGAAGAGUCCGUUCGGUGAUGGUCAAGACACCAAAAGCAACCUACGUGCGCCCAGUUGCGAGGAUUGCGCUACUUGAGGAAAACAUUUCAGACUGA